AUCUUUUCAGAUGCCAUAUUCAGCUUUUUAAAUGAUACUUAUCAGCGAAUCAGUGAGUUACCAGAUCCAAAGCCUCAUGUUAAAUACCCUCGAGAACCUGGCUACAGACCAGCCCCAGAGGAAAACCCUUUCAAUGCAUGGUGAGUUGGGGGUUUUGUAGUCAAUUUUUACUGUUAUUUUCCCAUGCGAGACCAGCUGAUCUGUUUAUAGUCUGCUGCAGAGCUGCCAGGAAAUCUGUAGCAGAUCUGCAGAUAGUCUAUAGAUUAUAUCAGCAGAUCUUCUGCGAAUGUCUGCAGAACGUUUGUAGAAAAAAUGAAGAACAUCCUAAAAAGACUCUAAAAAUGUAUGCAGGCCUGAUUUCCUUGAGUUAGUGCGACUUGUUAUACAAAAAACAAUUGGGUAUUGGGUACAAAAGUUUUUUAGAAAAUUCUCAUGUCACGCAAAUCACCCCAUGUAAGUAACAAUCCAGAUUCCAGGAUCGGGCAAAUUUUUGCUUGUGGAAUCCAGAAUCAGUACGUUUUUGCUGUGGAGUCUGGAAUCCUGGGCUUUGGAAUUGGGAAUACAGCUCAAGGAAUCCAAAAUCCCUCUAAUGAUUGUUUCAGUGACAAAGAAUCCAGAAUUCAGCACCUGGGAUCUGGAAUCCAUGGCGUGGAAGCAAGAGAAUCCACGACUGCCUUGGAUUCCUGUACAUAGGGUGACACAAAGUGAAUUGUUGCUGAGACCUGUCCCUGUAUUGUGUCCCCGGGGCUAAUGUGCGUAUCUUGACAAUAUUAAGUUGCAUGAUACAAAGGUCAAAAGUCAGUUUUGCACUGCAGGUACUGGCGAUGUAACAUAGUUGGUACACCAAGUGGAAAACUCCUUGGAAAGACCAUAGCCAUGAAGGACACCAUUUCUGUAGCGGGAAUACCCAUGAUGUGCGGCUCACAUCUGUUAGAAGGCUACAUCCCAGAUUAUGAUGCAACUGUGGUAUCCAGGAUAUUGGAUGCUGGUGGGACAAUCACUGGUAAAGCAGUGUGUGAGGAGUGGUGUUUCACUGCGACCAGCUGUACUUCAUUCACAGGUCCUGUUGUUAAUCCUUAUGAUGAAAAAAGAAUGGCACUUGGAUCCUCAUCUGGUUGUGCGGCACUGGUAAGUGUCAUUGUUAGUAUAUAUUUUUUAGCCCAUCUGUUUUGUCCCAGGUGAGUAAAAUAUAUAUUUUUGUUAAGGGUGCUUUUGAGACCAAUUUGGGAUCUAACUCAAGUCCUUGAAGAAAAAAAGGAAAUUGUGUUUUGAAAAGUGGAGAAAUUAUCUGUACCAUCUAUGAGGGCAAGGCAUUGUUGAUGGUAGAAUAAAAAUCAGUAUUAUUAACAGGUCGCUGGAGGUAAAGUAGACAUGGCUAUGGGCGGUGAUCAAGGAGGUUCAAUAAGAAUACCUGCCGCUGCCUGUGGGAUUGUUGGAUUGAAGCCAACGUAUGGGCUAGUGCCGUACACAGGGAUAAUCCCAGUGCACACUUGUUUGGAUCACACAGGACCGAUGGCAAGAACUGUGAAAGAUGUGGCUUUACUUUUAGAGGUAAACUAGAAACUUCCCGCAAGUAAGAUUCUUGCAAAUAUCUUUAGGAAAUUUUUUUAUGGUUGUGUUAGAGGUGUGUGUUCUAGUGUUUAAUUACAAGAAGCCUUUUUGUCACGUUAUCCGCGAGAGAUGACAUUUUAAUUAGUUACAUUCAAGGACUGUUUUUUCUUUCGUGAUUGUAACAUUGAUUAUUUUAUUGCAUGAUCAUCGUAUAUCCGUUUUUUGGCUAGGCGUACAAAGCUUUAUUCAGUUUUAUUUCCUUUACGUCAGAAGGCAUGCGUUAGAUUAUUCUUUUCCUAAGCACGUUUAUUCAGUUGUAAGAAGUCCAUCACAGUGUAAGGAGCUUUUGGAGAACUUUCGGAGUUAUUACAACUGUAGGAGAUUUGGAGUUCUUUUAACCCCUGGAGUCAAGAUCAGACGUAAGUCACGCUUGUAAUUCAGUAGUUUGUUUUUCUUUCUUUUUUCGUGCACGGAGCAUUAUCUUAGUUUUCUUUUCUUCUGACGUAAAAAUCGCACGUUUCUUUCUAGUUUUCACCGCAAGUGCUGUAAAUAGUCGGACUAGCCUGAUUUUAAUAAACGUCAUUGAAUCUUGCUGACCGCCUAGUGCUUCACUGUGGUUGACCUGGCGAACUCCAGUGCCUAACGCCACGCGUCUACGACACUGGGAACGCGACACUUUUACCUAGUUUUUGUUUUCAAAUUGCUUUUUAGAGGCAACGACAACUUCACGACUUUAUCAGGACGAAGUUGAGUAAUUUCAGACAUACAUUACACAGAAAGAAAUAUUACUUUAGAUUGUUCACACAGAAAAAUGAGCUAUCAGCCUUCACAGAGCGCUUCAAGCCAAUCAAUGCAUUAGCACUGAGAGUUGUUUGUCAAAGCAUAUAUGCAAGUGUAGCAAGAGUCCUUUGACGUUUGAAUGCUUGCUUUGUGGUUUGAUUCAUUAAGGUGGUUGCAGGAUCGGAUGGAGACCUGGAUCCAAGGCAACUACGUGAUCUCAGCACUCCUGCCAUAUACACCAGCUCUGUAAGUACAAUAGUUCAGGUUUCCCCACCCUUCCCAGGGUUUAAACAUUUUUAGACAGCUGAACAAUGCUUAUUAAAUGAAACACUGAGCUAGUCAACAAAACGAGUUAAGAAAUCUAACCUCGGCUAGCUCAUUCCACCAGCGCCCAAGCUGUUUGACACAAAAUAGCAAGGGGGCUUUUCACUCCAGAGAACACAACUUUCACCAAACAAGCUCAUCCUCCUCAAAGUCUCACUUUUUGUCGUUUAGCUUUGGUAACGCGUGAUUUUUUCACUUGAUUUGCUUUUCCUCACUGACAUAUAUGUAAGCCAAACUAAUUCUCUGUCUCCCUUUAAACCUCUACAGCUCACAGGUAACAUUUCCGGGCUGCGUAUUGGACUGCUAAAGGAGGGAUUCAACAUGCCGGAUGCCGACAUGAAGAUUAUGACAAUGGUGAAAGAAGCCGCUGAUCGGUUAUCAUCACUGGGUGCUACUAUUGGACAGGUGUCAGUACCAAUUCAUUUUGAUGGUAGGCUGUAGCCUUUGAUAUGUGAAACAAGCAAUAUUAAUAUGUUCUAUCCCAAGUUCCACACGACUGCUGGACUUUGCAUUAAGGUGGAUCUCCGCUGUCGUGUAAUUUAUAUCUGGGUACCCCCGUAAAUUUCACGCGCGUAAAUAGAUGAGCGAGGUUUAAGUUUUACGUUUACGUGUGACCUUUCAUAAAUUGCCUCUAUUUUAUUUGCACAUGUGCAAAUUACACAACAGUGGAGAUCCACCCUAAGGUUUGCGUUUUCGUCUGUGACAUACUAGGGAUCUUACGAGACUACGACGGCGACAGCACGGAGAACGUCAAAAAAGCAAUAGGUUUGAUGAGCACGUGCAUCACUCUUUUUUGUACAUAUCUUUGCUCUCCCUACACAACUACGUCGUGAAAUGACCAAAUUUUAAGUUUACUUGAGAACGGGAACGGCAAGGCAAUGAAUUCUACCAUCUCUGUCUGAAUUCGGGCGCGGUCCCCUCUACUCAUCUCCAACCACAAUUCCCUUCUUUUAAGUAACAGGGCAAAUUGGUAUAGUCGCGAAAACGUUUAAAAGGACGCGAAGUCUAUUUUUCAACGACGUUUUCAUGGACGUCGCCGUUGUCGGAUCGUAAGGUCCCCACUACAACAAGGGCACAUACCUUUGAAUGUUAAUUCAACUCCCAUGUGCGCUCCACUCGUCAUGGCGUUUUUACCUACCUGUUUAAGUUUAAUUUUGCGGCAAAUUAGGGCCAUCGUGGGGGUCCCACAAACUUGACAGCAAAGAAGCCAAGCCUGGAAAUGGUAUUGCUCAUAUUUCAAUGGUAUUACAUCAACAGAUUCGCAUACAAAUAAGCCUGUUCUAUUUGGACGCAAAAAUAAAACUGGAAACUGCUCUUUGCAAAUGCCGAAUGAAAGUUGUUCGCUCUGGGAAAUGUGAACUCCUGGAUGCAUGGGUUGCCUGAUCAUUUCUUGCUCUUUGACUUACCACUUGACGCAAAUUCUGAUCUUUUUGCUUCGUUGACAGGGAUUAGAGUAUGUGACGCGCUUUGCAUGGAAGGGGGUUACAGACUACUUAGUGGUGAGUGUAAUAUGCAGCUUACUGGACAGCUUUACAGAUUAUAACCGUCGAUAUUUUAUAUGGUUUGCCUAUAAUCCAGCUGUUUUGUUUUGGGGCUAGGUUUCUUCGUUCAUUGAUUUCCCAACCAAUCCUGAUACAGCUGAAAAACGCCUCUAAAAAAUAGACAGAAAUACUGAUCUCUUGUCUUACAUUAUAGAGAACUAGAAAGGUUAUAUCUCCUCACCAAUUUGCACCACAGAACAGGCUGAUUUUUGGCGAGUGAACAUUUUUCACCUUGUUCUUUCUGGAUGUACCAACCAAUCUCAUAAUUUCACAAAUUUAGUUUUGUGACGUCAUCACUUUUUCUUCUCCAUUAAUUUGUUCUUAAAGGGUCUAAUUCAGAAGCCAAAGGCUUUGUCGACACCAGUCUUCAAGCAGCCAUUGGUCGUGGUUUCACAACCCGUGGGAAAGAUCUGGGUCCUGUUGGGAAAUUAACCAUGAUACUGGGUGCUCUUUUACAUGAAGAUAGUCAUGGGGUAUUUCAUGGAAAGGCGAUCAACUUAGCACGCAAAUUAUAUGAAGAGUACGACAAAGCUUUGAAAUUCUAUGACGUUCUUAUUAUGCCAACAAUCAUUAACCAGCCGCCAAAAGUCCCAGACUCUGGUGAAGUGAAUUUUGGUAAGUAACCGUAGUGGAUGGUCCUCAGUUAAUUUUGAUGGGAGCGUGCGGGGAAGUGUUUUGGACAAGCAGGAGCCCAUGAGCUGGAGAGAGCAACUCCCAUACUAGGCCUAUGUCACGGCGUUUUCAAGGGCUGGUUUAUUUUUAGAUACAUUUUAGCGCACUUUUCCCCGCAAAAAUGGAAGCUCCGUUCCAUCUAUGAGCACAUUUGAAAGAUAACAUAUGAGAAAGAAAAACUAAACGGAAAACUAAAACGUCCUUUUCAGCGCCGUAGGUUGUGCUGAUUGGUUCGUGGGACUAGAAUGUUCUAAAUUCGCGUCAAAAUCGUUCUAAAAAUAAACUGACCAUUGAAAACGCCGUGACACAAGUACAUGAAAGUCGCUUGCUCCGAGUUAUAACCUCCUGGGACAAGUUAAUAAAUAAUAAAACAAUAAUAAUGACUUUGUAGAAGGCUUAGAUCCACUGAGUAGUUCUUCGUCUACUUUGUCCUUAUAUCGCUGUCUGUAAGUGUUCGGCGAACUGAAAAUGGCUUAGAACGCAGUUUUGUUAAACACUGGCUAAACUCCGUUUAAAUAACUGGCCCUAGGUGUUCGACGUAGAGAGAGAUGUCCACUUGAAAGAAAGUCAUCGAAAAGAAAAUGACUUAAUCAUGGAAGGCUCCAACUCUUGGUUUUCGCGUUACUUAUAGAGAGUCAAAGAAAAGGAAAGGGACUCGAGGUGUCCAUUAAUAGAGAAUUGACGUACUGCAUGUACAUUUUGAUUAUAUUCCAUUCUUAGGAAAUGCUUUUGAUUUCUGCGAGAACACUGGUCCAUUUAACGUGACAGGACACCCAGCUCUUACAAUCAACGCAGGAUUCAGCGAUGGUUUGCCUGUGGGAAUGAUGAUUGUGGGUAGAAAGUUUGAUGAAGCCACUGUUCUUAAUGUGGCCUUUGCGUACGAGAGGUUGAGGGACACUAGCUAA